AUGGCUGGACUAUGUAAAACCAUGGAAACGGUGGAUGUUGCUCUGGUACAGGAGCCCUAUUGCCUUAGGGGUUCCAUUGCCUGUCUGAGGAAGAGUUUUGUUCUUCUUCAUGAGCCUUCACCAUCUGCAGCAAUUGUGACCAGGAAUGCCACGAUACCCAUUUUUUACCAUAGUAAUUUAAGUACAAGACGAGUGGCCUGUGCUACAAUUGGAACAGGUAGAAAUAAAUAUGUUCUGGUGAGCGUAUAUUGCCAACUUACAGAGGAUCUAAAGGAGAUCCUCGCCCCUCUGAAUCAGAUACUGGAUCAACUUGGGGAUGAAAGGAUUAUUAUAGGCGGUGACAUUAAUGCCCACUCGCAGCUCUGGGGGGAUCCAGAGGACGAUGGUAGGGCAAACGAGUUCUUGCAGUUUGUACAUGCUAAAGGACUAUUUAUUAUCAACAAUCCCGAUUCCCUUCCGACUUUUGAUGCCCCGGUCGGGCAGAGUUGGGUGGACAUUACCUGCUGUAAUGGCAGGUCUUUGAGAUCAACUACAGGAUGGAACGUAUCUGGAUACAGCAGCCUAAGUGAUCAUGCGUAUAUCUUCUACAGCCUAGGAAUAGCAGGGAACGUGGAAGAAGGAUGUACUAAAUAUGACACGAAAAAGGUUGAUUGA